AUGAAGGUUGAGUCGGUGACCCUCGAGCAUCACCAGAAGGAGGAGAACCUCGGGAUCGGCGAAAGCACCCCUAGGAUAUCAUGGAAAGUGGUGGGCGACGCCCCAAACUGGAUUCAGACUUCGUAUGAGAUUGGUAUCCUGCGAGAUGGCAACGUCUGGGCUACCUACCAGGUCGAUUCUCCCGACUCUGUCCUCGUCCCUUGGCCAUCACGCCCGCUGGGGUCUGGCGAACUGGCCCAAAUUCGCGUUCGAGCAACAGGAUCGAAGUCUGAAACCACGGAAUGGUCUGAUAUCGCAUCAGUUGAAACUGGCUUAUUGACACGUGGUGAUUGGACAGCCCAGAUGGUAGCAGCAGAACAAAUUGUUACGGUUCGCGGAAAUCUGCGGCCAACAUAUUUUAGGAAGUCAUUCGAAUUCGCCGAGGACGUUGACAAAGCACGCCUGUACAUCACAUGCCAUGGGCUUUAUGAGGCUUACAUCAAUGGUGUCAGAGUUGGAGACCACGUCAUGGCCCCAGGGUGGACGAGCUAUAAACAUCAUCUCAGCUACCAGACAUAUGAUGUUGGUCACCUGCUCAGAAAGGGCACGAAUGUGAUUGGGGUUGAAGUUGGUGAAGGGUGGCAUUGUGGGCGACUAGGUUGGAAUCGCGAUGAUCGCUAUAUCUAUGCGGAUCGACUUGCCGUGUUGGCUCAGCUCGAGGUUUCCCUCAGCAGUUGGAAAAAGGUCACUAUUGGUUCUGACGAAACUUGGAGAACAUCAGGAGGCCCCACUACAUCGUCGGAAAUAUACGAUGGAGAAGAGUAUGAUGCAGCUUUGGAGAUUCCCGGAUGGUCUACGGCUUCUGUUAACGAUGAGAAAUGGUCAUCUGUUGAGAAGAUUGACUUUCCAACAGCAAAGCUGCAAGUUCCAGAAGGACCUCCUGUCAGGGAGACCGAGAUUGUGAAAGCUCAGAAGGUUAUCAGAAGCCCAACGGGAAAAGUGAUCCUAGACUUCGGUCAGAAUCUGGUUGGACGUGUACGUGCCCGAACUUCCGGACCAAAGGGGCAGAAAAUUGUCUUCACCCACACGGAGGUUCUAGAAGAUGGAGAAGUCGCCACUCGUCCACUUCGCAGUUGCAAGGCAACGGAUUCUCUGAAACUGGGCGCGAAGUCUAUUGUUUGGGAACCCAAAUUUACAUUCCAUGGAUUCAGAUACGUUCAAGUGGAGAACUGGCCAUCACAUGGUGGCGAGCCACUUCUCAGUGACAUCGAAGCUGUUGUCAUUCAUACCGACAUGAAACAAACAGGCUGGUUUGAAUGUUCGGAACCCAUGGUGAACAAGCUGCAUGAAAACAUCCGUUGGGGUAUGAGGGGAAAUUUCGUCAGUAUCCCAACUGAUUGCCCUCAACGAGAUGAACGAUUAGGCUGGACAGGCGAUAUUCAAGUCUUCUCGCCAACCGCGAGCUUUCUGUACAAUACCUCUGGAAUGUUAUCCGGAUGGCUGAAGGAUUUGGCAGUCGAACAAAUCGAAGACUUCAAUGGCGUAGUUCCCUUAGUUGUACCUUGUAUCAAGCCUGUGGAACUCGCCUUGCCAAGGGCAGCCUGGUCAGACGCAGCCAUAAUCGUUCCGUGGGAUUUAUACCAAGCAUUCGGCGAUCGCAACAUCCUCCUCGAUCAAUACGAAAGUAUGAAGCAGUGGCUCGAGAAAGGGCUGGAUCGUCAACCCAACGGCCUGUGGAAGCCUGUCUUUCAAUAUGGUGACUGGCUUGACCCGGAUGCUCCGCCAGAAGCCCCCGCCUUGGGGAAAACAGAUCCUCAGCUCGUCGCCAAUGCAUAUCUGGCACAUAUUACGCAUCUCAUCUCGAAGGUCGCAGGAUUUUUGAAUUUGCCAGGCGACGCCAAACAGUGGACUGCUGAAGCAGAGCGAAUUAAGCAACUCUUCAAUGAAGAGUAUGUAGCUUCCAAGGGCCAUCUGCACUUCGACUCUAUGACAGCCCUCUCUCUUGCUUUGUCAUUCAACUUGCUCCUACCUGACCAAGUCCCCUCUGCAAUCAAGCGACUAGAGCAUGUCGUCCACUCCUCUAAAUUCAAAAUCUCAACCGGUUUCGUCGGCACACCGCUCAUACUCCCUGUUCUCACAGCCGCAGGCAAGACACAACUAGCAUACCGCAUGCUCCUCGAGAAAUCCUGUCCCUCCUGGAUGUACCCAAUAACCAUGGGCGCAACCACGAUGUGGGAGCGCUGGGACAGCAUGUUACCCGACGGUUCCAUCAACCCAGGAUCCAUGACCUCAUUUAAUCAUUAUGCUCUUGGAUCCGUCGGUGCAUGGCUGCACGCAACGGUGGGAGGAAUCUCACCGGCUGAGCCGGGAUUGAAAGUUGUGCGUUUUGAACCAGUGCCUGGUGGGACGAUUACUUGGGCAAAAGUGAAGUUUGACGGCCCGUAUGGGGAGGUGAGGUGUGAGUGGACGCUUGAAGGGAAGGUGUUUAAGAUGAAGGCAACUGUUCCGCCGAAUAGCACAGGGCAGGUGAAGUUGCCUGGUCACGAAGAAGUGAUUGUCGUUGGAUCGGGGACCCACGAGUAUGCUGUUGAGUAUACCCUGGAUCCGUGGCCACCAAAAGCGAUUUGA